CUACUUUGGCAGAUGUGUAAAUUUGCCGAUAAUCGCUGAUUGGUUAGUAUUUUAUAAAAUAAUGCAUUAUAUGUUUCUUAUGCCUUAUGUAAUAUAAUAGAUCUGCGAAUAUAAUUUAUUGUGACUGACACAGGAAACAAUUUAAGAUGGCUCUAAAAAGGAAAAUUCAGGGUAAUGAACUGGAUCUGAGUUUGAAUCAGUUGACUGAAGUUCCAGUGAAGGAAUUGGCCAAUGCUGUCAAAGCAACUAAUGUCGAUUUAUCUUGUAAUCUGAUUGAGCGUUUGCCGGAAGAAAUAGGCUCUUUAACACACUUAGUGAAACUUGAUCUAAGCAAAAAUAAAAUUACUGAACUGCCACUAAGUUUUGGUAACCUCAAAAACUUGGAAUAUUUGGAUCUCUAUGCAAAUGAAAUUGUUGAUCUUCCUAUCAGUUUUUAUAGAUUGAAAAAAUUAUCAUGGCUGGAUCUUAAAAAUAACCCAUUAUGUGACGAAUUAAAAGCUAUAGCUGGAGAUUGUUUAGAUGAUCGUCAAUGUCGAGUUUGUGCAACAAAGGUUGUUGCUUACAUGAAAGCUAAGAAUGCAAGGUUUGAAAGUCAAAGACAGAAGCAACUACAAGAAGAAAAAGAGAAAAGAGCCAUCAAACAAGCUGAAAUGGAGCACCUUCUUGAGGAAGAAAGGAAAGCAAAGAAAAUUAUGAGAGAAAAACGAAAAGCUGAGCUUAAAGCCAAAAGGGAUCUUCCAGAAACAGAAGUUAACAGAAGUUAUGAGUCAUCUCCUCUCACUGAUGCUAAUGAAAUGAAAUUUGAAAGAAAAGAUAACCAUUUUAGAUUCCUUUCUGUAAGUGUUGUUACUGUCCUUGCUGCUGUAGUUCUUAUCUGGAUAUGCAUGAAUUCGGAACUGGUUUCCACAUAUUUUCCUGUGUUGGACAAUGCAAAUGCUAAGAAAAUACUAGAUCAUCUCAAGAAGACAAGAGUAAAUUUUGUGUCAGCUCUUCCGGAAUCAUUCCAUGAUUUCACUCAUCAAUUUGGACAUUUCUGUAAAUUGUUAUACAUAGAUAUCAAGGAAAUUUUUUUAAAUAUUGUUCAUAAGGUUAUGAUUAAAGUGACUGAAACAUUUUCAAACAUUGAAAUGUUUGUUAGCACAUUGAACUAAAGAUAAUUUUGUAUGAAUAAAACAUAGAGAAAAGCUACAAA